AUGUUAGCACGCCACGCUCGCAGGUUCUCAUUAGCCGGCGAGGUCAGCUCAUCCGUGUGGGAAGAAGAGAAGAAGAAAGGUCCAAUUUAUACCAGAGGAUUGUGGCCCAACACACUGGAGGUCCGUCAUUUUAAAGGUCGGGAUAAUGUGAUGGCUGACGCACUGUCUCAAGACCCUCAGUAUGCAGUGGAUGUGACUCUUGAUCCUGAUACAGCACAUCCUAAUCUCAUCCUGUCUGAUGAUGGGAAACAAGUAAAUGAUAGUGAUGUGAAGAAGAAACUCCCAGACAACCCAAAGAGAUUUAAAGAUUAUACAAAUGUGUUAGGAAAGCAGAGUUUGUCUUCAGGCAGAUUUUACUUUGAGGUUCAGGUUAAAGGGAAGACUAGAUGGAAUUUAGGAGUGGCCAGAGAGUCGAUCAACAGGAAGGGACUGAUGGUACUGAAGCCUGAGGAUGGUUACUGGGCUAUACUUAUGACAAGUAGAAAUGAGUACAGGGCUUGUGAAAACCAAUUAGUCUGUCUCUCUCUGAAGUCUCAGCCUCAGAAGGUGGGGGUGUUUGUGGAUUAUGAGGAGGGUCUGGUCUCCUUUUAUGACGUAGAUGCUGCAGCUCUUAUCUACUCCUUUACUGGCUGCUCCUUCACUGAGAAACUCUACCCAUACUUUGGUCCCUGUCCUAAUUAUGGUGGUAAGAACUCCGCCCCUAUGAUCAUCUGUCCUGUCAAUCACACUAAGUAAUCACCUGUAAGAGUAAAUAUAAGAAUUCAGUGUGUCUGAGCAUUGUAUAACUGUCAAAGUCACACAACUUUAUUCUCAUUUCUUGUUAAAAUCAAAGUUUACAAAGAAACCAAAAGUUUCAGUUUUGAGUUUUACUGCUAUUCUCUGCUCUUAGUAAUAGUAAACUGAAUAUGUUUGGUUUGGUUCUUGGAUAUUUUUUACCCUUUUCUGACCUUUUUUUAUGG